UAGAGGGCGAGGGGGGCGUCGUAGCCUUCGGCUCGCUCGCCAACCUUCUCUUCUUCCACCCCCCACCUCCCGCCCCACACAUAAACACACCGCAGUGCGCGUGUGAAGGCAACUCCCCUCUUUCAGGAGCCCUUUUCUUGCCCGAGCGGCCGGCCGGUGGCGGUCGGGGAGAAGGGAGAGGUAGAGCGCGGCUAAAGCUCUCCGGAUCUCGCUUUUGGACCCAAGUCGGCCAGGGGAUCUCCCACCGCUUUUAAGCCCUUGCAGCCCAUUCCAGCUGGAAUCUUUUUUUUUUUUUUCCCCCUUUUCAAAAGUUUUCUCGACUUGCGCUUAAGAGACUUAGAGGCGAAAGGGAGAAAGCGGGUGCUCUGCUGGCUUGAAAGGGGGACCGUGGAUCAGAAGACCCUCCAUUGGCAAGAAGAUUGGCGGUCGCCUUCCUUCUUUUUCUUUUUCUUUUUCUUUUUUUUUUUUUUCGUUUUAAAGACUUUUCAUCUCCGCGCCAAGAAUCCGCGAUGCAAAUGCUGGCGCCGUCCUUCCUCCUUUACGUGGGAGCCUGGGCCACUUUUUGGCCCCAGCAGCAGGGAUCCGCCGCCGCCGCCGGCAGCCAGAGCGGGUCGAUCAGAGCCUUGCGCGCCUCGAACCGGCGGCGAGAUGAAAGUAAUCAUCUCACGGCCUUAUAUAAGAAAGAAGAGACCAUCAAUGUUUGGGAAAAUGGUUACAUCCAGAGCCCUCGUUUCCCACACAAUUAUCCUAGGAAUCUGUUGCUGACGUGGAAGCUACGUUCACCAGGAAACGCUAGAAUACAGCUGGUGUUCGAUCAUCAGUUUGGCCUGGAGGAACCAGAGAACGAUAUCUGCAGAUAUGAUUUUGUGGAAGUGGAGGAUAUUUCUGAAAUUAGCACUCUCAUCCGAGGACGAUGGUGUGGAUAUAAAGACUUUCCUCCCAAAAUAACAUCAAAGACAAACCAGCUGAAGAUCACCUUCAAAUCAGAUGACUUCUUUGUGGCUAAACCAGGAUUCAAGAUUUACUAUUCCCUGGUGGAUGAUCUUCAGCCUGUUGCAUCUGAAACCAACUGGGAAUCAGUCACAAGCCCGGUCUUGGGCAUUUCCUACCGCUCUCCAUCAGUGACUGACCCCACUCUUACUGUGGAAGCCCUAGAUGAAACGGUUGCUGGGUUCGAUACUGUGGAGGAAUUGCUCAAGCACUUUAAUCCAGAUACGUGGCAAGAAGAUCUGGAUCACCUGUACACAGAGAGCCCCCCCCCUCGAGGCAGAAGUUUCUAUGAGAGGAAGUCGAAAGUUGAUUUAGACAGGCUGAACGAUGAGGCAAAGCGUUACAGCUGCACUCCGAGGAAUUACUCUGUCAACGUUAGGGAGGAGCUGAAGCAAAGCAAUGCCGUCUUUUUCCCUCGCUGCCUCCUUGUCCAGCGCUGUGGAGGAAACUGUGGUUGUGGAACAACAAACGGGAAAUGCGCUUGUACGGCAGGAAAACUGGUGAAGAAGUAUCACGAGGUGCUGAGAUUUAUCCCUGAAGCAGGUCAUCUCAGGAGGAGGGGCAAAACCAAGCACAAUAUGUCACUGAUCGAUAUUCAGCUGGAGCACCACGAACGUUGCGACUGUGUCUGCAGUGCAAGGCCACCGCGAUAAAAGAAAAAAACAACCCAGAGCAUCUGGUUUGAUGCGCAACUUAAAAAGGACCUCUUUCUCUUGGGAGAAGGAGCUGUCCAAUGCUGAUUUGCCCAGCGAACUAUGCUAAAAGCCUGCCUCCAUAGCCUUUUGAUUCGAAGUGCUAAAUGCCAUGACAGCUUACCUUUAAUAAAGCAGAUUGACAACUCUGAAAUGCAAAUCUGGGAUUGAGUUUAGAAAACAAAUGAACUCGAGGGCUGAAUGUUUUCAGGCUUACGAUGAAAAUCGGGCUGCAUGAUGGCAGCGCUCCUUUGGCUGAAUUCUUAGCUGGCUUUUACAAUUCUUCAUGCGUGCAUGUACUCACAACACUUUUGCACAAAAUCCUUUGCACAAACACACUUAAGCACAUUUACAGGCCAACUUAAGGAAAAAGGAAAUCCUGUAUGGGCAAAAUGGCUAAUUUAUAGACAGCCACCAACACAUACAGGUAUAUUAGGUUUACAGAACCCCGGUGCUGCAGUAGAAAUAUAAAAGUAGCAAUAAUGUCUAGCAUCUAGCCAUACAGGCAUCACACUAGAUAUACGCAUUACAGUAGUCCGAUCACAGCAAGUGAGUUUGAACGUUAAGCAAGCUGGAUCCAAGGCGGUUACAGUCCACAUAGGUAGUCCUUGAUUUAUGACCACAGUUGGGACCAGAACUUCCAUUACUAAGCAAUAGAGUCAUUAAACGACUCAUCACAUUAUUGUACCUCAUUUUAUGAUCUUUUUUGCCAUGGUCAUUAAAAGCAAAUCACAUGGUCUUUACAUGAAUUUGGCUUUACUCCUUGGCUUUGCUCAUCAGAAGCCAGCUGGGGAGAUUUCACAUGACUUCAGGAUGCUGCAACCAUUGUAAAUACGUGCCGGUUGCAAAAUCUCCAGAAUCAUGAUCACAUGACCGCAAGGACACUGCAGCAGUCAUAAGUGUGAGGACCAGUCAUUAAGUCACCGGUUUUUUUUCCAGCACCAUCAUAACUUUGAAUGGUCACUAAAUGAAUGGUUGUAAAUCAAGGACUACCUGUAUAUAACCUCAAGUUGGAGGAGAAAAGCUACACUGAAGCCUUCAACAGAUCAUUGAGCUGAAAGGAAGUGAUAUACUCAAUCACCUAAUUCAGUGGUUAUAACUUUGACAAGCUCUUCACUUCUGAAUUUCAUGCCGAUCUGAUUUAGACAAACCAAAUAGUGCAUACAUUUUUUUUUCCAAAUGCAAUAGUUUUGAGUUCAAAAUGGGCUGUUCCAUCCUAUGAGGGCUGUUUCAAACUGAGAAUAUUUGUGGUCUAAUUGGAAUAGCUUGCUGGGAGUCUAAAAUAACCUCUCUCAAUUUCAAAAUAUAUUUCCAAUUAAUCCUUUGCCCAUUCCUAACAAGGACAUAGAACUCUAGACAUAAAGAAGCAAGGCAUCUAACUAAAAAUCCAAAUAAAAUGUAUCUCGUUUAGUGAGGCCACUAGCAGAUCCAAAAGUUGGAGCUGGGAUUUCUUGCUUCUCUCUCCUUCUCUCCCAUUUUAUAUAAUAUUUUAUCUGCUAAUGUGUUCAAACUGGAUUUAAUUCUAAUAAACUUGUCAUUCGAAUAACAAAGCUUGCCAUUCAUAUACUGUAACGUAACCUUUCCCAAACUGGAUUCUUCUAGCUACUCUGGACUAUAAUAUCUAGACAGCUUUUAGCCCAUAAACUGUAGACCAAACUGUCAAAACUAGCUGGAACAGGAACUGUAGUGAAGAUAUGUGAAAGACAGAAGAUUGGUAUACAGGUAAUCUUCGACUUACAUCACGAUUGAGCUCAAAACUUCCAUUGCUAAGCAAGGUAGUUGUUAAGUGAGUUUUGCCUCCGUUUUUACCAUUGUUCUUGGGUCAGCGUUUCAGAACAACCCAACACUUGUUAAGUGAAUCAAUGCAGUUGUUAAAUUAGUAACCCAGCUGUUAAGCGAAUCUGGCUUCCCCCUUGACUAUGCUAGUUAGAACAUCACAAACUGUGACCCAGGAACAUUGCAACUGUCAUGAGUUGGGUGCCAAGCAUCUCAAUUUCAAUCACGUGACCAUGGGGAAAUGAUCAAGUGUGAAAAGUCCUUUUUUUUCAGUGUUGCCAUAACUUUGAAUGGUCACUAAAUGAAUUGUUGUAAGGUUUAGCUGUAUAGCUCUCGAGAGUUCAAAAAGGCCUCAUAUGCUUUUUUGGUAAGGCCAUGGAGGGUUUCAAGUCUGAAGUCCAUAAGAUGCUUCACAGCACACAAGAACGAAACAUGUACCAUGUUUCCCCGAAAAUAAGACCCUGUCUUAUAUUUUUUUUAAACCCUGAAAUAAGUACUUGGCCUUAUUGCCAUGCGCUCAAAAGCCCGAUUGGGCUUAUUAUCAGAGGAUGUCUUAUUUUGGGGGAAACAGGAUACCUAGCAUCUUUUUGCCUUUGAAUAGAAAGUGCUGAAUAAUAUUAUUUAGCUGCAAUCUUCACAAUAAUUGCCAAAUCAAUAUUUUUACGCUUCAAAAGCCGCCCCAUAGCUGAUACAGCAUUUCCACAACAAAGAUGAGAUCCAUACCGUUGACUUCUAGUUAUGGCUUCAGAAGGGCAGAUUUAAAAAUCAGUAUAAUUUUAAGUACAUGCAGAAUGCAAUAUUCCUUACAUUACACAAAACAGUAUUAGUUAACUGCCAUCAGUAAUAGUUCCCAUGGCUGCCUGUAAUUUCCUGGGACUUAAAAAAAAAAAGAAUAAUUGGAAUUGUAUUUUGAAUAAGUAAUUUAUUGCCUUGAGCCUUACUUAGUUUUGCAAACUAAAUGUUUAUUGGGUUCAUACAAUAUUAAUAACAUUCAUUUAGUUCCUGGCUGUUGAUAAGGGAUUUGAAAAGGGUUCCUGUGGUUGUGAACCUCUAAUAGGAAAGUUCCUUGAUUGACUAUAUUUUCCAAUUAUUUUGUAUGCGUAUGUGUUCUGUACUUGUUAAAUGCACACAUAUACUGACUCAUUUCUUGUCUGAGAUGUCUAAAUAAAAGUGUAAGGCAGUUCAUGGUUAAGAGAACUGAAUGCUUGAUUUUAAAUGUAAAGGAGAAAAUAGGUAGAAGGCUUCCACUGAUAAAAUUACACUUUAUUUUUCUAUAUUGUUUUCUGAUUCCAUGUUUAAAGGGGAAAAAAUUGGUUUUACAAUAGCAUUUCAUGUAUAAAAUUAAAUUUGGCUUCUUAUCGGGUAAUAUUGUUAAUUUCUAAACCACUAUUGUUCUGCUAUUCUCUAACUUCUCUAAGUUGGUUCCUUUUAUUAAGCUGAAUGUUUUAUCUGGCUUUCUUGUUAACUUCAUCAAAUUCUUCCUGAAAUACAAAAUUCAAAUUUUGAAGAAGUUACCACUUCCUAUUGUAAUGAAACACUGGAGAACGUAAAUAUUUCUUCUGUGUUUCUUUGUUUUCCUUUCUUUCCAUGAAAUCUGCUUGUCUCUUUACUCCGUUACCUUUUGAGGCGCUUAAUUUAGUACACAAAUUUUAUUUUAAAGGAGUAGUUAUUACGUCAAAGAAGCCUUAUAUUUUAAAAAGAUUAUUCCCUAAAUACCUUGGUCAACAUUUCCCAUGUUUCCACAUGAAAACCGAGAAAGUGGCAUAUUGAACUGGUUCCUUUAUCACCUGUAAUGGAAAUUAUUAACUAAACCAUAGUUAAUAGUUUAGUUAAAAGCAAUUGUUUAGUUAACUAAACUAUUGCUGAUACUGUUUAACUGGAUUAUGACUUUGAUGUAGCUUGACUAGAGCUUUGAAUAUAAGCAUUCAGUAAAUAAAAGCAGGCCAAAUAUUACAAACUAAUCCUUAAUUAAUUACAGUCUUUCAGUAACAUUUCUGGCAACUUCAGCAUGAUGACAUUGGUCUAGUAAACUCAUCAUGUGGUGUAAUGCACUGAAUUUACUACAUUUUGAAAAUAACUGUUAAUAUUACAACUAUUUAGUGGUGGGUUCAGUCAUUUCUUUCUUAACUAAGGCAUGUUUUGGGCAAAAGAGAGAAAGGGGGAGAAUUCAAUCCAUUUGACAGUUUGAUUCAGUUCAUAACAGAUAGAAAAACCCAGUUACUCCCAAGUAUUAAACAUAAUUGGAGAAACAUAAUGGUCAAAUGCACGUGUCCAAGGGGAGGGCAAAUGGAAAAAUUCAUAUUGCAAUUUCACCCCUGGGGCUUCCUUUGAAGACAUUUUGCCUCUCAUCCAAGAAGCUUCUUCAGUUCUUUGGAAGAAUUCUUGGAUGAGAAGCGAAACGCCUUCAAGCAAACACAAAGAAAGUCCAAUUGCCUUUUGAAAAAGCACCUGUGGGACAACCAUGACUUGGAUGAUUGAGAAUCUCCGUAGACACCUAGACAGUAUAAGAGGCACUGCUAGUGUCAUGGUAUCAUUGUGCACGUUUCAUUAAUCUGAUGAAAACUCCAAAUAUAGUUGAUGCAUUAGGUCAACUGACUGAUUAUAUGGCAAUGCUUUCUAAGUAUCUUUCCGUAGUAAAUGUACAAAGCAAACAAGAUAUUUAAAAUCAAGAACAGGAAAAGCCAGUAGAAACUAAUUAGCUGUGGAGAAGAAAAUAUUGAUAUUAUAUGAAUGUGACCUGCCAGCAAAAAUAAAGGAGUUUUCAGAGAAAUGUGGUAGGCUAUAAUUACCAUCAUCACAACCAUCACAAGAAAGAGUUGGGAUUAUAUAAAUAUGUAUAUAUGAGCUUAAUCACAGAUAUUGUGCCUGUUUUCCAGGACACUACAUUCUACACUACAACUAUACUACAAAUUAGCAUUUGAAUUGACCCACAUUCUUAGGGAAAACAAGAAUCAUUGAUGUAAAUAAGCAAAACGCACAGUGUAGCUUCCUCCAAUGUCUCUCUCUUGUGUCAACAUAUUCUGUCCAUAAGAGCCAAGGUGGCACAGUGGUUAGAAUGCAGAAUUGCAGGCUACUUCUGCUGACUGCCAGCUGCCUGCAAUUUGGCAGUUCGAAUCUCACCAGGCUCAAGGUUGACUCAACCUUCCAUCCUUCCAAGGUUGAUAAAAUGAGGACCCAGAUUGUUGGGGACAAUAUGCUGACUCUGUAAACCGCUUAGAGAGAACUGUAAAACACUGUGAAGCAGUAUAUAAGUCUAAGUGCUAUUGCUAGUGCUAUAUUAGCAUAGACUAGAUUGCUCAUAUAUAAUGGUCCAUGUAAGAUGAGUGAGAUCCUAUAUACAUACUCAACGCCUAGAGAUGUCUAGAUAUUCCAAAACUAUCAGCAUAUCAUGUUGUGCUAGCUCAGAAAGUAGGCAUCCACUUGAUCUUCUACUAUGCCAUUUGAAUCCGGUUAUUUUGCAGGAUUGCACUUUCAAAAAAGCAAUACUGUGGUUUAUAUCAAGUUGAUAAGGCAAAUUGAUAGCCCAGGCACGGAAAUGGAUGAUCCCACUGAAAAUUAUUGAUCAUAUGUUUUCAUCACAAUCCUCUCAAAAGUUCUCCUACCCCACUGCUGGAGCUGUAUAAAAGCAAAGCAAACAAUGCAAUAUGUACUGAGAUUAUGAAGUAUUCUGUCUCUCUUUAUGUGUAUGUGUCUCUUUUUUUUUUAUAUUAGAUCUCUUGUACAAAUGCAAUUUUUCAAUGCUUCUGGAAAUAGGAUUGGGGGGAAAAAUCACUGUAAUCUUGUUAGGAGCAAAUUUGCUAUCUUGUGCAAUUUAUAUAUGUAUUGUUGUUUUUGUUAUUGUAUCCCUAAAAUGCUGCCUUUUAUAGAGUGAACACUUCAGUAGUACAGCACAUAUAAUUGUGUUUUAAAGUCAAUUACAAAUAAACAAGCUUUUGAAGGAAGAA